UGCAGCGGAAGUGACAUUGUGGGCACCUACACAGUGGACUCUCUUUAGAAACAUGGCUGCCGCCAGUGUAGCGGGUAUUUGUAGAAGAGUGUCAGCGUUUCUGAAGACUACCGGCUCCCUAGUAAAUCUCAAGGCCUCUGCUGGCUCCAGAGUCCUAAACCACACUCCUCUCUGUGCCACCCGUGGAAGGCUCACUUUUACCAGCUGGCAAAAGCCACGCCUCGCAAUUAACAGGUUUCCUUUUAGUUUGUUGCAUAAGAACAGACCACAUGUCACAUCUUUUCUCCAGUGUAAAUUACUUCAUACCACGUUGUCAAGGAAAGGACUAGAAGAAUUUUUUGAUGACCCAAAGAACUGGGGGAAAGAAAAAGUCAAAUCUGGAGCUUCAUGGACCUGCCAGCAGCUAAGGAACAAAAGUAAUGAAGAUUUACAUAAACUUUGGUACGUCCUUCUGAAGGAAAGAAACAUGCUUCUAACUCUAGAGCAGGAGGCCAAACGACAGAGAUUGCCAAUGCCAAGUCCAGAGCGGUUAGAAAAGGUUGUUGAUUCCAUGGAUGCCUUAGAUAAAGUUGUCCAGGAGAGGGAAGAUGCUCUAAGGCUUCUUCAGACCGGUCAAGAAAGAGCAAGACCUGGUGCUUGGAGAAAGGACAUCUUUGGACGAAUCAUCUGGCACAAAUUCAAGCAGUGGCCUAUCCCUUGGUACCUAAAUAAAAGAUACAACAGGAAACGGUUCUUCGCAAUGCCUUACGUGGAUCGCUUUGUCAGACUAAGACUUGAGAAACAAGCCCGCAUUGAAGCAAGGAAGAAAGGUUUACAGAAAAAGAAAGAAAAGAUUCUCCAGGCAAAGUUCCCACAUCUCUCUAAAGAGCAGAUAUCAAGCACUGUCUAAGAUGAGAUCCAGAAGUCUGGUUCCAUUGUUCUUAAAGCACAGUCUGUCAUGAUGUGAAUGUUUCUGUUAGGCAGUUUAUAAAGAAAUGCUUUUGUCAACUGA